UUCUAUUUGCUUGAUUUGCGGGAAAGUUUUGUGAAGAGAUUUCGAUCUGCCUCAGAAAAUUUCCUGGGAGCAACCGAAGUUCCUCCCGAUUUUCUGCUUCUAAUCAGGAACAAGAAAAGGCAUUUCCGUUCGCUCUAUAAGCAUCUCUUCCCAUUUUCGCAGUUAGAGGAAUGAUAGGUUUAGCAACUGAGAGCAGUCACAUGGUGGUAAAUGUGGAUGAACUAACGCGUCCGGUGCCAUUGCCGCCGGUUAAUUCGGAGAUCGAAAACACGAGAUCAGAGUCGCCGGAGCCGUUGACGGUGGUGGCCAAUGAGAAGGCAAUUGAUAUUUCCGAUGAGGAGGAGAAUGAGCCGCUCAUUGCUUCUGGGGAAUGCCGUAUUUGUCAGGACGAGUGUCCUAUCAAGAAUCUCGAGAGCCCUUGUGCUUGCAGUGGCAGCCUAAAGUAUGCUCAUAGAAAAUGUGUUCAGCGUUGGUGCAAUGAAAAGGGCAACAUUAUAUGCGAGAUUUGUCAUCAGCCUUACCAACCCGGAUUUACCGCUCCACCACCUCCCCUUCAGCCUGAAGAAACCACUAUUGACAUUGGUGGAGGAUGGACGAUCUCAGGUUUGGAUUUGCAUGAUCCUCGCCUUCUUGCCAUUGCAGAAGCUGAACGUCGGUAUUUGGAGUCUGAAUAUGUGGAGUAUACAGCUUCAAGUGCCAGUGGAGCUGCAUUUUGUCGCUCAGCUGCUCUAAUUUUAAUGGCCCUUCUUCUCUUGCGGCAUGCACUGACCAUAACAAGCGAGGCUGAUGGAGAUGAAGAUGACCCAGCUUCGAUACUUUCUCUCGUCUUGCUCCGAGCUGCUGGAUUUCUUCUUCCUUGCUAUAUCAUGGCUUGGGCCAUUAGUAUUCUACAGCGCCGAAGACAAAGGCAGGAAGCUGCAGCUUUGGCUACACAGUUUGCAUUAGUGCUUCAGUCAGGGCAGCCUAGAACAGUUCACUUUACGGUAGCACCAGGACCACCAUCACCCUCCAUGGCUGCUACUACAUCUACACAACAACAACAUGAAGAGCCCGUCUGAUUCUUCUGACUCAUAAGCAUACAAGAUAACGAGGUGAAUCGAAUGAAGAGUUGGUAUCUGUAAAUUUAUAAUGUAUGUAUGAGUAAAGGAUUGAAAUCAUUUGAGAUGUUGGAAGUUGAUUAAGAUCUCAUCCGAAAUGAAUUCUCUAUUUUAUCUGUAACAAAAAAUGUCAAUAGUUGCAUGUUUCUGCAGUAGUUUUUUUCACAAAUUUGUGAAAUUCUGUUUAACUAUUUUCCGAAUAUUGUCUUGAAAUUCGACUGUUUAAA